UAGAGAAGGAAGUAACCUCGUGGUGAACAAUCCACCAAACUCAAAUGGUCCAGAACAGUUUGUUGACUAUUUUACCUUAUAUUCUCACUUGCUUUCUGUCGUAAAAAAGUGUGAUGUGAGGAAAUCCAUAUGACGUGCCUGUAUGACGUCAAAUGCUAACAACACGUGCAAGUCUGACUGUAAGUCCACUUGAAGUUUUGAGUUUGUAACGCGCGUUUUCCCGCUCUUAACGGUCAUCAUUUUGUUUUAAACAGAACGUAAACAUACGUUUGAUAUAAUGGAGACAGUUGCUUGUAAAAACACAGUGGACACUGUUAAUGUAGAAAAGGCGAGGAGGAGGAAGAAGAAGAAGAAGAAGGGAAUCUCCAGACCAGCAAGAAUGCUUAAAAAAGUCAGAAGUGCAGACUGAAUCUGUAAAGCAACACGUUAAAAAGAAGGGAAAGAAGAACAAGGAAACGGAGGAUAUGUGUCUCCAGACAUUUACUGGUAAACAUAAAAAAAGGAAAUUGAAUGAAAGUGGGGAGGAAGAAACUUCAUUGAUGUGUAAUGGACAAUCAGGACUGCAUACAGUAGAGGACAUGAAUGCUCUCACAGCAGAAUUAAAAGAGCGGCAGGGAACUACUGAGGAAAAGCAUGCAAAGAAGAAGAGAAAGAAAGCAAAGGUUGCUCAUACAAACUGUGAUGACAUGGCUGAAGAGCAGUCUGCUGGGACCAAUGAACAGAGGCACGUCCCAUGUAUGGAUAAGGAAACUGACUUACAAGAGGCUACAGACCUCAUGAACCCUGCCAUACAAAUUGGUACUAAAAAGAAAAAAAAUGAAGAAUCAACUAAAGAAAUUGAUCGAAAUGUUUUAGAGGAACUGAAAGAAUUUAUUCCAGACAUAGAGUCUAAAACUCAAUUUGAACUCAAUAAAAUAAUCCUGUAUGACCUGCCCAGGUACAAGGUAUUCAAAAAUGAAGGGAUCACCUUGAGACAUGGGAGAUUCUCCAGUGCUGAAAAUAAGAGGUUGAGGCAGAACGUUCAUGAUUUUUUGGCUCUCACAGGAGUGCUAAAUGCUAGCAGGCUCUUUCACACAAAGCGGUUCCCAGAGGAGAAACAGGCAAUAUCGACACUGAAGAGGAACCACAGGUUUUUUGAAAGGAUUGCAGAAGGAAUUCCCAGAUCAUGCCGUGAUGUUUACACUCGUGGGAGGAAAAUUUUUGAUAGAGGGAAUUAUAAGGGAAGGUUUACAGAAGAGGAAGUCAAGGCAUUGCUCAAAUUUCAUACAAUACAUGGCAAUAACUGGCAAAAGAUCUCAGAAUUGAUUGGUCGUAGCCCUUUUGCUGUUGAGAAACGGUUUUCUCAGACCUGUAGCAAUGAAAAAACAGGGCCAUGGUCACAGAAGGAGGUGCAGAGACUUUUGAGGGCUGUGCAAAACUAUAUUGUAACAAAACUGAAAUCUGAGGCCACUGAUAACAGAACACCAACCAGAGUCAGUAGAGAAAUGCUCUACAGGAAACUGCCCUAUUUUGAUAUUGCUUUGAAGGUUAAGACUCGAUGUUGGUCCAAGUGCAGAGAUAAAUGGCUGUCCAUCGCAGCUGCGCGGAUGUCAUCAGGGACAGUAUUCGACAGGAGGAAAUCUAUGGAGGGCAAAAUCAGGCUUAUUAAAGUGCUGUUUGAAAUGCAAAUAGAGGAUGUUGCAGAUGUCAACUGGGAGGAUCUCACUGCAUUAUUUGGGGAUGUGCCUCCAGCAACUGUGCAAAUAAAAUGGCAUCAGCUUAAAAUUUGCUAUGUGCCAAAUUGGCAAAACAAGUGUUUUGGAGACAUUGUUGACUACCUAUAUGAGAAAAUCUUGCCAGGACUGGUGAAAGAUUAUGAGGACUUUGAAGAUGAGCUGAAGGUUGACCAGCAGGAGAGCUUCCUACUCUCUGACAUCUUCCAGGACAUUGAUGAGGAAUAUUGUGAUGGUGACAGUGAUGAGGAGAGUGGACAAACACCAAAAGAUUCAUGACAGAUUUACCCAACCUUCAAUAAUUGUACAGGUCAAUCAGACCUUGAUAAACUGAUUCUAAAUAUUCAGAAAAUGUAUAUAAAGACAUGCUCAGAGUGUUCAUGUAUAGAGUUAUUUGUUUAUUGCACAAAUAAAUUUGUGUAUGCACAUUUGAAUAAACUAAAGUCAUUCUGCCUUUUAUUAGGUUUUUUUUUUUCCCCAAUGGAAGGAAAUUAAGUUUGAGUUUAAUAAACUACAGUGAAUUGUAUGUGUGAUGGUAAGAAAUUUUACAUUUUCAACAUAUUUAGCAACUGAAGAGAGAACACACAAAAAUGAAUAACUAAUAAAAGCAGCUG